AUGAUAUGUGAAGCCAGUACAUCUAGUUUCUUUCCACAAUAAUCCCCCAUUACUUAACCCUCCUAAUUUCAGGGAAAGACUGAGUAAGUGAAAGAGAAGAGGAGAACAAGAAUAGAAAUGAACGAGUAACUUAAGAACCCUGUUUAAAAGACAGAAGCCCAAUUAGUUUCAUGUUAGUUAAAGGCUAAGAUUUUUUGUAUUAUUUACUACUCGUUCCUCUAGAAAUUAUCAGUUAAUUAAUUGGUCUAUUAAUCUUGUAAGGAUUUGCAAUAUCCAUUUGAAGAACCAGAAGAUGUCAAAUUGAGAUAUAUUUGGAUCUAUAAGAUUUAGAAUGUAAUGUUAAUGGGUUUGAAAUUGUUGGAAUGCAAGAAUAUUAAAUAUAAGAUCCAUUAGGAUUUAGUAUAUCAGGAUUUACUUAGAUUCCAGGUAUUUGUCAGGUAGGAGAUAGAAUAAUUGAUUGAUCAAUAUGCUACAAUACCAAAUUUAGAUUGCUUGUCAUUAUAUGAGAUUUUUUCGGAAUUUCAAAGAGCAAGGACUGUAUUAGAAAAUUACAAUGAUGAAAUCGAUCUCAAAUUAAGAGUCAGUACAAGACAGAUUGAAGAAUUUUUGAGUUUUUCAGUUAGAAUUAAGGUUCUGAAUCAAUUUGCAUUCAAGAAAAGCAUAAAGGUUCCAAAUAGACAAUAGCCAAACAUUUCUAUUGCUUAACAAUCCUAGUCUGAUCGUAAACAUCAUAAGGCAGUGAGUGAUAUCAAUAAAGAAAAUUUGGAGCCUCUGAACUUUUAGGAUUUGCAAUAUGAAUAAACUUAUGAAAGAGGAGUGAUGGAGAAGAAAUUUUACAAUUAGUCUACUGAAAACAGUAUGGAUGACAUUGGAGAGAACAUUUAAUUGGAUGUUGUUUAGCAUAGACCUUAGCAUCUCAAGGGAUUAAGCACAUUUCAAUAAUAUUGA